UCAUUUAUCAAUAACAAUGUUACGGUAUUAUUAUAGUGUUCUAACUUCAAAUAUUGUACUCGAGCAUUUUUUUUAUGGCGUACAAACAAGUGCGUGGUACGAUAUUUUGUAGAAUUACCAAUGUCAUCUUAAGUAGAAUCAAAAAGCAUCGAAAAAUAAAUUUGGUGCAAUUGAAACAAAUAUUGUGCUCGAAGUUUGGUAAUAAUUAUUUUUGCAAACGGAAUCAUAGAUACAUACUAUUGAAUGCUAUGGAAUAUUUAUUGUACACAAAGCGAUUGUCCCUAAGUAAUGGUCCAACAAGACGAAAUUCUGUGGAAACAGACAUAACAGUUAAUAAUAGCGAAAUAAUAUAUAAUCUUGUUACAAGCGAAUUGUUGUCAAAGUUUAAAGAUACCUUUUUUUCAAAUUCAAUAAAUAUUUUGGCUCAAAACGUCAUUACUGCAUACGACCCAUUUCAAAUAGCAUUGUCAAGAAAUAGGCUUCAAGACCAACUAGUUACUAAUCAAUAUUUUUCUAGUAAAAUUAACGUUUGUGGCAAUCCAGUAGGAGAUCAAAAAUAUACUGGUCGAUGUUGGAUUUUUGCCUGCUUGAACGUAAUACGAGUUCCGUUUAUGAAACAUUAUAAUAUUAAACAAUUUGAAUUCAGUCAAGCUCAUAUGUUUUUUUGGGACAAGAUUGAGAGAUGCAACUUUUUUUUGAACACAAUAGUAUCAACAGCUAAAAAUGGCGAAUUUUUAGACUCCAGAUCAGUCAUGACUUUACUAAAAAAACCCAUUGAAGACGGUGGCUACUGGAAUAUGGCAGUCAAUAUUAUCAAAAAGUAUGGUCUCAUGCCAAAAUUUAAUUUUCCAGAAAGUUAUAGCAGUGAAGACAGUAAAGAGCUUAAUUCCAUUUUGAACAGUAAACUCCGAGAAUUUGCCAUCAUUUUACAUGAUAUGGUGACAAACAACGAUACGAAUAGUAAUAUUUCUGACCAAAUCGAAAAGGAUAUGUGUAUUGUGUUCAGAAUUGUUGGAGUAUGUUUAGGCAUUCCAAAUCAGACCUUUAAAUGGCAGUAUCGCUUAAAUGAGUACGAACCCAUAUGUCAUCGUGAUUUUACGCCGCUUGAGUUCUACAACACGAUGGUCGAGCCAAUUUUUCACAUCGAAGACAAGGUCUCUUUAAUAUCUGACCCAAGACCUGAUAAUGCAUUCGGUAAAUUGUAUACGAUGGAUUUGAUUGGAAACGUUGUAGAAGGCUCUAAAAUCUUACGUAACAACCAACCCAUUGAAGUACUGUUGGAAGCGUGCAAACAAUCGAUCGCCACGCUUGACGAACCGGUUUGGUACAGUUGUGAAGUGGAUCAGAGAUUUUCAAACGAACUUGGAAUCGAAGACUUAAAAAUACAUGACAUAGAAUCAAUAUUUAGUACCAAUACAUCAAUUUCGAUGACCAAAAGUGAACGAAUUUUAUACAGUGAUUCAUACCCAACGCAUGCAAUGGUAUUGACCGGAUUCCAUGAAGAAAACAAUGAAGUUACGCGGUGGUGCGUUGAAAAUUCUUGGGGUAAAUAUAAUACGACUACGAAUGGUUAUCUAAUGAUGACCACAGAAUGGUUUAAAGAAUACGUGUUUGAAGUUAUUGUUGACAAGAAAUUACUGCCAAAAUGUGUUCUAGAUGUAUUUAGUCAAAAGCCAAUAGUAUUACCAGUCUGGGAUAAACUUGCAUCUCAUUUGCGUUAGUGAACUAACAUCACUGUUUAAGAAAGCCCAAUUUUAAUCAGUUUGUAUUUUGAUUAUUAUUCAUUGAGUAUUAGGUAUAUUUGUAUUAUUGUAUUGAGCUUUAACUUAAUAACUUAUAAAAUAUUUGUAUUAAAUGGAACCAUAACCAUUUAUGAUUUAUCA